GUGUCAUGUAUGUUCUCAAAAGUUCACGACACCGUCAAUUUAUAAUUGAUUUCGUAAUUAUUAAUAGAUGUGUGACAGAAAUGUGGAGUUUUGGUUUUAGCUGUUAUUUCCAGUGGAGUGUGAGUGGCUAAUUGAUCAUUCAUAUGACAGGCUCAACUGGAGCGGAACUUCGCCUUCUGCAGAAUAACAUCGAAUGGGAGGUUAUCAUUCGUUGCUAUAGAUGAUGAUCAAACCUCGCGCGCCGCUCGGUCAUGGCGGGUCAGCAACGUGCACUCAAUGUUUUACACCGCAGUGUAAAAGAGAAUAGAAAACAAUAAUGUGGGGUUGAUCGAGGUUUACCAAAUAACGUGAUGGGCAGCGACUCAAGUAAACGAAAGAGACAGGCACCAAGCCAAGAGAGACGACGCUAUCAAGCCUGGCAUGGCCUUCUCUCCAAUAUGGGAAUAUCCUUUACUGACGAAAUUCACCACAUUGGCCCACCUGGUCUGGCCACACAGUGCAUGGUGCUCAGCAGUGGAGCCCCAAUCCCUGAGGACCUCCUCCUCCCAGGAGACAGCCCUCAGAAGCCUGUCAUGGAGUGGACUCUCCCUGGCUUAAUCUCAAUCUUUCUGCCUGAGUUCCCACACCCUAAAUUCCCUGGGCAAGACAAUUUCCAGAUCCUGGGCUUCAUAGCUAAAGGCUCCUUUGGUCCUAUCUUGAAAGUAAAGGACAGGUCGAAGGAGAAGACUUAUGCCGUUAAGGUUUUAUCCAAGUCUGAGAUACUGAAGCAUGGGGUCCUGGAACAGUCAAAGGAGGAGGUCAUCAUUCAGCGGCAGGUCAGCCACCCAUUCCUCCACAAUCUGCAGGAUUGCUGGCAGACCCAGCGUCACCUCUUCAUUAUGUGUGAAUACUGCAGUACUGGAGACCUGUAUACCUACUGGUUACUGAAGGGCCAGUUUGGGGAGGAUGAGGCUCGGGUGUUCGCUGCAGAGCUAGGCUGUGCUUUGGGUUUCCUUCACAACUUUGGGAUCAUGCAUAGGGAUGUGAAGAUGGAGAAUGUCCUUCUGUCUGACCAAGGUCAUCUGCGUUUAACUGACUUUGGACUCUCUCGCCGUCUUGAGCGGGGCUCAAGAGCAUUUACAAUUUGUGGGACUAUCCAAUACAUGGCUCCUGAAGUCCUGAGUGGGGGUCCCUACAGCCAUGCUGCUGAUUGGUGGUCUCUCGGCGUUCUGUUGUUCUCAUUGGUGGCCGGAAAGUUCCCUGUGCCUCCAGAGCCAGACCACUCCAACAUGCUGAGAAAGGUCAGAGAUUGCCCAUACUCCAUGCCCAAGACCUUCAACCCUGCACUGACCCUUCUGCUCACAGAGCUCCUAUGCAAGAAACCAGCUCAUCGCCUGCGUAGCCUGGAGCGCUUCAAAAGGCAGACGUUUUUCCGUGGCACUUCCUUUGACUCUCAACUGCUACAGAAGAGACCCGUUGAACUAAUUCUAGAACUGAAGAACCAUCCUGAUCGUCCAGCCAUAGCCAUGCGAGGCCUGUCUAUGGACUACUUCCAGAACUUUGACAUACUCCACUCCCCUACCAGCUCCACUGACAUGUCACCUACUUUGGCCAACAUUGACCUGAGCCAGACCCUGGCUACAGCUCAGGGUUUUAGCACAUGAGAUGUGCAUGUGCUACUGUGACUCAAUACUGACUGUAGUGGAAACAAGUAUGGACAUGUAUUUGAUAUAUACAUUUUGUACCACAUGGAUACAUGGUUGUGAAAAAGCUCCUGUAUGUUUUCUUUAUUUACACGGCCUAUUUGGCUCCCUCUUUUCCUCUGUAUACCUCUUUGUAUACCCAUUUAAUGGAGUGAUAAUUACAGAUGAGCUUUAAUAGACUGAAAACCACCACUUACCAAAAAAGGUUUAGAACAUUUCUAUUUCCCAUUGAGUACUGCAACUCAAAGCCUCUCAAGGCUCUGCCAAAUGGCACUUUCCAAAUGUGGAUCAACCACCUGCAUGUUUGACCUUUUACCUUUGUUAUUACAUUUGUAUAAGAAGAUCUCUAUUUUCCUGAAAAUCCUUUCACAUAUAUUUUUUUUAACAAAAUAUUUAUUUCAUUCUGUGUAAUUUUAGGUUUGAUUGCUUAGGCCAUCUGAUUAUUUGAUUGACUGUUGUGUGUGAUCACAAUGCCUUUGACUGUUCAAAGUCCUGCUCUAUACCCAUUUCUCAUUAGAUUUCACUAACUGUUGUUGUGUUUUACCCAACCACAGUAACAUCUGAAAAAUGAAAGCCCCUAUGAACUCAUGAUGGAGUUGUCUCCUGUCAUGAUAUACUAGGAGAAAUAUCAAAGGAAAUAGGUACCUUUAUACAUAGCCUCUAUUUGGAGCCACUUGAAGUGUUAAAAAUAGUUGAUAAGUUCCACAGGUUUUUUAGGUUAGGUGUUUUUAGCUGUUCCAGAUAGAGCCUGAGUCACUUCAGGCACCUGAUCAUCAGUCAUGACAGCAGAGAACAUACACACAUUUGAGCCAGUACAAUACAAGAGGUGGCUUUCAGUUUAUUGUAACCAACAGAAAAGUAUACAUCUUACAGAGUAUUAUUCAUUUGGAAUCUCAAAUGUUUUUUCACCUGAAAUCUGUGUGGUUCAGUUGGUAGAGCAUGGAGGUUGCAACGUCCCGUCAUGGGUUCGAGUCCUGUGGGGCCCUGGACACCCAUAUGAAAAUGUAUGUAUGAUGCACUACUGCAAGUCCUUUUGGAUAAACGCGUCUGCUAAAUGGCAUAUACCAUAUAUUAUGUUAACACAUACUGUACAUUAUUUGUAUUGCACUACAACUGUAUACAUAAAGACAACUUUUUCCUCAGA